AUGGAGCACGGACAUGACGCCUCGGACCCCAUUGAGGAGUACUUUUUGCCCCGGGAGAAGGUGAGCUUCAUCUCUGUGGAAGGAUAUCAGCAGGUGAAACUGUUUCGCUCAAUAAAGGAUAAGAGUGGACCCUGGGUUUUGUUUCUUCACGGACUGACUUUCUACACCGAUAUAUGUGCGGCAUUUCUCAACAAGUUGUCUCGCAAGCAUAAUGUGCUCUCCUUCGACUGGCCCGGGGUGGGCGGUACAGAUCCUUCCCGCAACGAUAUCUACACUCCACAAGAAUUGCUCGGCUUUGCAGAGAAAGUUGUUGAAGCAGCAGAGCCGGGCCUGCCUGGCAGAGGCCUCAGUAUCGUUGGGCACUCUAUGGGCGGGCUCAUGUCCCUUAUCUUAGCAACUCACUAUCUAAAGCAGGGAUUUGAUAUAAAGAACGUUAUCAUGCUCGCCCCGGCAGGAGUCAAGGUCCACAAGUGGAUGACUCACAGGCUGCUCACCACUCCGAUCAUAGGCCCUGUUCUGAACUUCAUUUUUAAGAGAUUCCCAGACGCCACCGCGAAGCGCAUAGUCUACGAAACCCGCUACAACUUCCAUUACAUGCCAAAGCAUAUGGAGGAAGCGCUGUGGGAGCCUUUCAAGAAGAGCAUGCUUCGCGACACGAGGGUCACCGCAGCCCGCACCCUUGCCUUUGCGCAGUUUCCCUGGGAAAACCACGAAGAGCUUUUUAUAGAGUUGGAUAGGAGUAAGGUUAAUGCAAUAGUCGUGCUAGCUGGGCGCGAUGUCACCAUAGAUACCCCCGCCACAGAGCACUUCUUGCGGACCAAGUGCUCUUCUAUAAGCAUACAAGUGUACCCAGAUUAUACUCACGACCUUGUGGCCUGUAACGCAGAUGUCAUUACGGAAUAUAUUUCUGCCGUCUUGCCGUAG